AUGGUUGCUGACUUUGAAAAACUUAUCAUUAAUCGAUUCCAAAUGAGCAUGAAUCGGGAGUUAAGCUUCUUUCUUGGUCUCCAAGUCAAACAGAGUAACAGAGGAAUUUUCAUUCACCAAGAGAAGUACAUUUCAGAACUCCUCAAAAAGUACUCAAUGGACACUUGUGCCUCAGCGAAGGUACCAAUGGGCUUCAGAGACAAGAUCUUUGUCGACCCUUCAGGUGCAGCAGUUGAUGAAAAGAAGUAUAGAGGAAUGAUUGGAUCUCUGCUAUGUCUCACAGCGAGUCGUCCGGGCAUCAUGUUUGCAACAUGUACAAAUAGUCUCGGAAUAUGGUACCCAGCAAAUGAAAGCUUCCUUCUUCAAGCAUAUUCAGAUUCAAACUAUGGUGGUCUUCAACAUGAUAGAAAAAGCACAUCAGGUGUUUGUCAAUUUUUAGGUGGUCGAUUUGGUUAUCGAAGAAACAGAAUUGCAUUGCACUCUUUACAGCCGAAGCAGAAUACAUUGUUGCUGCCAACAGUACCUCUCAAGUUCUAUGAAUGA